AUGGGCUGGCUCGCCCAAGCCCUUACCCCCUCCACCUCCCGCAACUUCACCCCGGGCUCCGAAGCCCUCGCACACUCCCUCCGACCCUCCGACAUGUCCUGCCGCCAGGCCUUUGAUCAGGCCUACGCCUGCCAAUCCAUCGGCGGCCAGUGGAACGCCAUCUACCGCGAGGGCUCCGUCCGCACCUGCUCCCACCUCUGGGAAGACUUUUGGUUUUGCAUGCGCGUCAAGGGUUACGUCGGUCCCAUGAAGGAGGAGGCUAUCAAGGAGCACUACCGGAGGAAGGAGCUCGAAAAGUAUGGUGGCAAGCCGAACAGCGAGGAUGUCUGGGUGAGCAGGGACGAGAAAGUGCCUCCCGGCACAGCCUUCAAGGAACCUUUUGUCCCGGAUAACAUGUCGGACGAGGAGUGGCAGCUCAUGGAAAUUGAGAGGCGGAAGGAGAUCAGGCGCGAGCUGGGCAUAGAAUAG